AUGCCUCUUUCCAAGUUUGUCAAGUGGUGCCAAAAGCAUAGUCGGUCGAGAGAAGGGCAGCGGAAUGCGACCAAUGAAUAUGGAUUGUUCUUCGAUACAGGGCUACUCCGCACAUGCUGGCGGGCAUACACAGAGAGUCUUUCUAUUCUCUACAAUAACGAGUUUCGCUUUUCACAUGAAAGAGAGUUCUGUACCACAUUCCCAAAUCAAGUCUCUCCCUCGGGUUUCCAGCAUGUCCACAGGGUGGCUCUCUGGUGGACACUGGGGAACGAUCUACAGCCGCAUGUAUCGCAUGAAAAUAAAAUCAAGUACGACUCUCUAUGGAAAACCCUAGGAGAGACGUAUAAAAGCCUUACCCAUAUUCGCAUCUAUAUCGAUUCGGCCUACCUGGCACCGAUGAACUCGACUGGCGUCGCUGGGGACACAGAAGGUGCUAGAAGGCAGCACAUGCAGAAUGCAUGGCUCGAAGGGAUAGAGACUAUGGUUGAGGGAAACAAUGACCUGGAAGUCUUUGAAGUUUAUUUCUACACCAAGGUUUACCAGGCGUUGAGGAACAGAGUGAAGCCUUGGCUGAAAGAGAAAGAAGAACAAAGAAGGGCGAGAAACAAUGCUGUUAGGUAUAAAGCGUACAAGUGCCGGAGUACCACCAUCAAAUAUGCCUACUGUCUUUCGUCCCCCGAUGGAGCAUCCACGGACCUAUCGGACGGCAGCUCGCAUAUAGGCAUUGAGGAUCCGAAAUCCAUGACUUUUGGCUGGCUCAGGGAGAGGAGGAAGCUAAAACAACGCCGAAAAACCCAGCAAAGUCAAAGCAAUGUGUGA